UAUCUGCAUUCAAAAUCAAAACUUGUUUCCCUCUUAAUUAUACCGGCUGUGAUUUUGGGCUUAAAGAUGGGUUGAGGGUCGACGGCUAGACAGUUUAUAGUCAACCAUAGAUAGGCCAUCAUGUCUCGUAGAUUAUGCGAUCUCUUUGUGAUGCUCCUAUUGCACCUGGCGGCAUCGGCGCCCCCAACACUAGUGCCGCAAAUUCGCAUUCCCGGCUUCCAGCUCGAGCCCCUCGAUAACACAUACUACCUCAGCAUCCAGCACCCGGAUGGCACUAUCCGCCAGGAGUCCGUGAAGGAGAUUGCUCCGGGGCAGCUGCAAGUCCAGGGUGUGAUUAAUCAGCCAUUCCAAGAGCAGGGCACUUCGCUGGUGGUCACCUACCAGGCAGGUGCCAAUGGUUACGUGGCCAAAUAUACUUACGGCAAGGGCCCGCCCACACCGCCGACCCAGCUGCCACAAUUCCUCAGUCCCAAUGCCUUGAAAUCAACAGCUGGCUAGCGGCUACUUAAAAAUAAAACCCUCCAGAAACCAAUUUGUCUAUAGGUUUCUUAAAAG